GCACUUGCUCGAUCCCACUUUUUUCACAAAUGCCAGAAAACCCAUCCUCCUCCCCGACAGAACCCCCCGAGCAAUCUGCCGCUUUUGAAAAAUGGCGUUCCGGUCUUGCCCAAUUCACCGGCCUCGGUCUUUCUGAAUCCGAAAAGGCAGAGAGGGAGAGAUUAAAAGCCCAAGGUAAAUUAGCAAAGGACUGGGACAAGUGCGAAGGGUGGAAACGAGAUCUUAUGAAUUAUAGCCCCAUGAUCACUUUUCUUCUAAACCACCUCAAACUCGCCGGCUGCCCCUUCCCUUCCUCCGCCAUGCAAUGCCACCCAUGCCCCGAAAACCGUGCGGGCGGAUUCUCACCCGACCACGGUAUCUUACUAUGCCAAGACAGGUUCUUCAAUAAGAAGCAUAUGGAAGAUACGCUGGCGCACGAGUUGGUGCAUGCGUUUGAUCAUUGUCGGUUUAAAGUCGAUUGGGGGAAUUUGAGGCAUCAUGCGUGUAGUGAGAUUAGAGCGGCCAAUUUAUCUGGAGAUUGCAGGUUUACAAGGGAAGUGAAACGAGGGUUUUACGCAUUCAACAAACAGCAUCAGGCGUGUGUGAAGCGCCGCGCGAUAUUAUCAGUAUUGGCCAACCCGGCGUGCACCUCUCCCGAGAUGGCAGAAAAGGCGGUGAACGAGGUGUGGGAGAGCUGCUUUACGGAUACAAGACCGUUUGAUGAAAUCUAUUAGAGGCAAAGCGAUCGAAUGGACGGGCGGAAAAUAUACCCUGCAUAAAAUGCUACUUUAUAUAUCUCUUCACAAAAAAAGAACUCGUUUGACAACGCACCGAGAGCUUAGUACUCCACCUCGAUAUCCCCUUCAUCUCCCUCAAUCUUGACACCUUUUUCCUUUUCAUCCCUCACAUCCUUGCUCUUUUCAUUUUUAGACUUGUCAUCAACCUCCAUCAUCUCCUCCCGCGGCGCUCGACCAAGAUCAUCCGUCCUCAUUCGACUCUCGCCCUUCUCGUGAUCGGGACCCGUCGAGUCUUUAUCCUUGGUCGUUCUCACUUGCUUACGAAGCUCGGACAGCUUGGCAGAAAGCUCUUCCAUCCGCUUCCUAUUCUCCCUCGUGGUUGUCCUGAUUUGCUCACGCUCAGCGGCAAGGGCAGCUACUUCUUCAGAGAUAAGCUCUUCAAUGUUGGCUACUUGACUCUUGAUUAAAUCGUCCUGAUGCGGCAUCAAAAUCUUUGGCAACUGGAACACAAAAACACCCAUUUUACGUCAGCCAUCGGGGAAAAUGCAACAAGAAAAAACGAGUGACAAGCGGCAAGAUGACGACUUACGAAAUACAACGGGGGAAGAUCAGAUUUCACCGGCGGGUCCCUGGUGGGACCUGUUGAUAUAGGUAUAGGAGCAGGGUUCAAGAGGUUAGUUUCAAAUGCAGGAGGAUGCGGGAGGGGCAGAGAAGUGUGCAGGAAAUGAGCGGUAGGUCUUAACAAGGCGUGGCGGGAUGAGAGCUGGGAAAAAAAAAACAAGUUUAGUGAAAAGUAAUGAA